CUAGGCAGCGGCGGCGCUGCUGGCGCUGCUCGGGGGCCGCUCCUGCUCCUCCUCCUCUUCGGGGGCGCGCGCCGCCUGCGCCGAGCGCGCUCUCGCCCGGGUGGGUCCGCCCGCUCCCGCGGGGCGGUGCGCGCGCUCGUGGUGACGGCGCACCCCGUGACGAGUCGCUGUUUCGCCCCCGCCCUGCUCGGCUGCGCAGGGCCGGGGCGCCCCCGCCCGGUGCUCUGCUGCUCCGCAGGAAAUUAUUACAAUCAAGGAGAGAUCCGUAAGAAAGAGCUGGAGCAGAGUUGUUGUGUCCUGGGGAUUCCUGCAUCUGAUGUCACAGUCAUUGAUCACAGGGAUCUUCCAGAUAAUCCUGCUGUGGAAUGGGACACACAUCUCCUCUCCACCAUUGUGCUGGAGCACAUAGAGGCCAAGAACAUCAACCUGGUGGUGACCUUUGAUGCGGGAGGAGUGAGUGGCCACACAAACCACAUCUCUCUUUACUCUGCUGUCAGGUACCUGCAUUCAGAGGGGAAGUUACCUGAAGGGUGCCGUGUGCUCGUGCUCGAGUCAGUGAAUCUCUUGAGGAAGUACAUUUCCUUCCUGGAUGUGCCCAUUUCCUGCCUCCUGCCCGGGGAUGCCCUGUUCAUCCUCUCAGAGGAGGAGACUGAGCAAGCCAAGAGGGCCAUGCGGUGCCAUCGCAGCCAACUGCUCUGGUUCCGUCGCCUCUACGUGCUCUUCUCACGGUACAUGGUGGUCAAUUCACUGCGCCUCCUGUAGCAGGACGUGGCUCACAGCUCCAGGAGAAAAGAAUGACCAAAAAAAAAAGGACCAUGCCAGGCUCAGGACUAAAGGAGACUCCUGUGUUAUGUGCUGGAGAGGACGGGAUGCUCUUUGUGU